UUACAGAAUCACCAGCAGCUGUAGAUGUACUAGAAAUUAGAACUUCUGUUCUGGAAAGUCCAGUAGAACCAAGAGUAGGUGCAAACUCAAGAGUGUCUAUGAAAGAACCCUUAAGAGAAACUGCAGUAGAAUCACCAGUAGAGUCCAACCUUCCUUUGGUGGAAGAACCACAAACUAGAUCUCCUGUUGUAGAAGGUUCAGUAGAUCUUGCAAUAGAAGCUACAGUAGAUACAGUAGCUCAAGAAGCCAAACCUGCAGAUUCAGUACUAGUUGAUGCCAAAGAACAACUUUUAAAAGAAACUACAAUAGAAUCACCAGUAGAUUCCGCAGUAUCGCAGGAAACGAACAAAGCUGAAGUCCUGACGUUGGAGUCGGUGACUUUAUCAGAAGUGGAAGCGGAAGUCAGACGUCUUGAAAGUGAAGUUCUGCAGGAAACAUGUGACACGCUUGAGAAAGAAGCCGAUGAUUUAGCAAAAGUGGAGAAGAUAGAAGUGAAGACGACAGCAGAAGAUGUUGCCAUUUUUGAAACAGAGGCUGAAUUGUCAACAGUGGAUUCUAUCUCUGAAGCCACCGAUGCAAUAGAAGCAGAAACAGCUGAAUUGAUGGAGGCCAUGUUUGGUUCUGAGCAGGGACCAAACCGGUCGACUGAAGCUCCCCUCCAACUGGGGUCACAGCAUGAAACUAUAGUUCAGGAGGUGGAGACAGAGUCGACAAAUGUUUUGGAAGCAAUGUCUCUCGAAUCUGUGACUUUGGCUGAAGUUGAGGCCUCGUUAGGAACUCUGGAGAGUGAGACUCUGACUGAAACCACAGGUUAUCUGGAGAAAGAAGCUGAAAUUCAUGCUGGAGAGGAAAAGAUGGAAGUGAACACGACAGCAGAUGUUGUUGCCAUUUUUGAAACACAAAGUGAAUUGUCAACAAUGGAUUCUAUCUCUGAAGUCACAGAUGCAAUAGAAGCCGAGGCAGCUAUGUUGAUGGAGACCAUGUUUGGUUCUGAACGGGGACCAAAGCAGUCGACUGAAGCUUCUCUCCAGGAAGUGAGACCAUGGGAUGAAACAAUGGGUCAGGAAGCAGAUAAAGAGUCACUGAAUGUUUUGGAAGCCAUGUCUCUCGAGUCCGUGACUUUGGCGGAAGUUGAGGCCUCGUUGGGAACUCUAGGAAGUGAAUCUCUGAGUGAAACCAUGGGUUAUCUGGAGAAAGAAGCUGAAAUUCUUGCUAGGGAGGAAAAAAUGGAAGUGAAGAUGACAGCAGAGGAUGCUGACCUUCUGGAAACAGAGGCUGAAUUGUUAACAGAGAGUUCUAUCUCUGAAGCCUCAGAGGCAAUAGAAGCAGAGACGUUCUUGAUGGAGGCCAUGUUUGGUUCUGAGCAGGGACCAAAGCAGUCGACUGAAGCUUCCUUCCAGGAAGUGAGACCACAGGAUGAAAUGAUGGGUCAUGAAUCAGAUAAAGAGUCAUUGACUGUUUUGGAAGCAAUGUCUCUCGAGUCCGUGACUUUGGCGGAAGUUGAGGCCUCAUUAGGAACUCUAGGUAGCGAAUCUCUGAGUGAAACCACAGGUUAUCUGGAGAAAGAAGCUGAAAUUCUUGCUGAAGAGGAGAAGUUGGAAAUAAAGGUGAGAGCAGAAGAUGUUGCUAUUUUAGAAACACAAACUGAAUUGUCAACAGUGGAUUCUAUCUCUGAAGCCACAGAUGCAAUACAAGCUGAGACAGCCAUGUUGAUGGAGGCCAUGUUUGGUUCUGAGCAGGGACCAAAGCAGUCGACUGAAGCUCCCCUCCAGGAAGUGGGACCACGGGAUGAAACAAUGGGUCAUGAAUCAGAUAAAGAGUCAUUGAAUGUUUUAGAAGCCAUGUCUCUUGAGUCCGUGACUUUGGCGGAAGUUGAGGCCUCGUUGGGAACACUGGGAAGCGAAUCUCUGAGUGAAACCAUGGGUUAUCUGGAGAAAGAAGCUGAAAUUCUUGCUGAAGAGGAAAAAAUGGAAGUGAUGAUUACAGCAGAUGAUGUUGCAAUUUUAGAGGAUGAAAAAGAGGCUGAAUUGUUCAGAGGGAAUUCUAUCUCUGAAGCCUCAGAGGCAAUAGAAGCUGAGACAGCCAUGUUGAUGGAGGCCAUGUUUGGUUCUGAGCAGGGACCAAAGCAGUGGACUGAAGCUCCUCUACAGGAAGUGAGACCACAAAAUGAAAUGAUGGGUCAUGAAUCAGAUAAAGAGUCACUGAAUGUUUUGGAAGCCAUGUCUCUCGAGUCUGUGACUUUGGCAGAAGUUGAGGCCUCGUUAGGAACACUUGGUAGCGAAUCUCUGAGUGAAACCACAGGUUAUCUGGAAAAAGAAGCUGAAAUCCUUGCCGGAGAGGAGAAGAUGAAAGUAAAUGAGGGAACAGUAUUUAAAGAGGUAACUGAGGCUCUAAACCUUGAACCUCUGUCUUUGCCUGAAGCUGAAACUGAAGAUCUGCAGACAGAUGCACUGAUGGAAGAGCUGCUGUUUGCUGUUCCUCAGCACACAACGGGUGAAACUGGUCAACGAACCAGUCCAGAGGUUGUCACAGCGAACAUUUUGGAUGCAGUUGCCGUGGAUGCAGAGGCUGCAGAAACAGAUAAUAGUCCAGCUCCUCCUGUUCUGACAGAGGUGCAGCUGGAACAGGACGAGGAGGAAGCUACAGGGAAAGAAGAAGAUGUGUCAAUGCACACAGAUUUGGAUCCAGUUCAGAGACUCUUCUUGGAGAAGAUCAGAGAAUACAAAAAUCUUCACAGGCUGAAUGGUCGACUGUUGGAGGCGGAGCCAGAUUACAUAAAACACCUGUCAGAGGAAACAGCGAAGCUUCAGAGACUUUAUGGAGGAGGAGACCUGACCAGCUUCCCUCAGUUCACCUUCACUGAUCCUGAAUUGGACCAAGACUCCAAAUGAUCCACGGAUGCUCUUCAUGCUCCUCCUUUUUGCUGACUUUUGUCCGACCUCCUCCUCCGCUACCUCCUUGUUUCAGAUGUAGUAUGUGUCGAUGAAGAGGAGGAACAUAUAAAGGGAUGCUUGUGUUUAUUCCUGGCUGCUGGUUUGUACUGUGCAAUAAUGAAUUCUGUUUUAUUAAAGAUCCUAUAUUUUACCA